UCAUGUCGCUGUACUUCAAGACGCGGCAGCCGAAUGGGCUGCUCUUCAAUACUGGUCACGAAGCCGACUACCUGAACCUGGCAGUUCGCGACGGCGGCGUCUCCCUGACCAUGGGCCUUGGGAAUGGCAAGCAGGAGAUGCACAUCAAACCAUCGAAGACCAGGUUCGAUGACCAUCAGUGGCACAAGCUGACGGUGCAUCGGAGGAUACAGGAGAUUACACCUAUGACGAGCUUUUGUAGGGUCUCAGCAGUGGUGGAUGACGUAUACACAGAGCAUUCCCACGUGGCCGGUUCUUUCACCAUGCUGGCAAGUUCCAGAGCCCACGUGGGGGGCUCUCUCAAUGCCCGAGCUCUGCCUGGAGCCAGGGUCCACACGAACUUCAUAGGCUGCUUGAAGAAGGUGGAGUUCUCAGCAGACACCCUCCGUCUGAACCUCAUAGACCUCGCCAGAACCGGAAGUAAGCUCAUCACGGUCACCGGAAGGUUAGAGUACGCCUGCACAGCCACCGACUCGGCUGAUCCAGUCACCUUCACCACCAGGGAUGCGCAUUUGAUCUUGCCAAAAUGGGAAGCAGUGAAAACCGGAACGAUAUCAUUCAAAUUUAGAACGAAUGAACCGAACGGUCUUAUUCUCUUCAAUAUGGGCGCCAAGCCACCAAGGGUAGGUUGCACGGCGGACCUGUUCGCCGUAGAGAUGCUGAACGGGUACAUCUACGUGCACAUGGACCUAGGGUCAGGGGGGGUGAGGGUGCGGGCGUCGAGGAGGAGGGUGGACGACUCGCACUGGCAUGAGUUCCUGUUGAGGAGGACUGGGAGGGACGGGAGGGUUACGGUGGACGGCGCUAAUGCGGAGUUUAAGACGCCUGGAGAGUCAAACCAACUGGAACUCGACGGCUCACUAUUCGUCGGCGGCCUUGGGUCGGAGUACUCCGCGUCCAAGACUCCCCCCGUGUUGUGGACUGCAGCGUUAAGGCAGGGCUUCGUCGGCUGCGUUAGAGACUUGGUGCUGAACGGCAAGCCUCAGGAUCUAACGGCAUAUGCGAGACAGCAGGACUCUGCAUCCGUCCGCCCCGCAUGCCAUGUGCUGAUGAAGCAAUGCGUCAACUCCCCAUGCCAGCAUGGCGGCGUCUGUUCGGAGGGCUGGAACCGACCUCUGUGCGAUUGUUCCUCUACUAACUAUGGCGGGCCAACUUGUGGGCGAGAAUCGGCAACGAUAUACCUAAACGGCAGCCAGCACCUCACGGCGGCACUUGGACCCGAACACGUGACACAAACCGAAGAGCUGAUGCUCCGCUUCAAGACCAGCAAAGCGGGGCUGCUGCUGCGGACGGCGUCUGAGAAUUCGGCUGAUCGAAUAGAGCUGGUUGUUGCUGCAGGGAGGGUACGAGCCAAUGUGCGGCUAGGGGACAGGGAAAAGAAUCUCCUAGCAGGCUCAAACGUCGCUGAUGACAACUGGCACACGGUUCGUUUCUCGCGCCGCGCCUCCAACCUUAAGCUCCAGGUGGACGGAGCGCAGCCCGUGCGCGCUGAAACGAUUUUAGGUAAAGCUUCGACUUUGGAAAUAUCGACGCUCCAUCUAGGUGGCAUGUAUCAUCCUGAAGAAGAAAUCCAAAUGACGUCAACUUUGCCCAACUUCGUCGGUUAUCUACAAAAAUUUGUCUUCAAUGGCAUGAAGUACAUAGACCUAGCUAAAGCUAUUGGAAUGGGCAGCGAUGGAAACAAUAACAACAUUAAUCAGCACGAUUCCAAUAUAAUAUUUACUGGGUCAUUUGUCAAACCCGAUUCUUUGAAUGUGUACAAAGCUGUGACAUUUAAAUCAAAGCAUACCUACGUAGGUUUGCCGCUACUGAAAGCUUAUGGGAAUACAUAUUUAGAUUUCUACUUCCGCACAACAGAGAUGGAUGGACUGUUGUUCUAUAAUGGUGGAAAGAAGCAAGAUUUUAUAGCAAUUGAGCUAGUCAAUGGCCAUAUACACUGCGUGUUCAAUCUUGGGGAUAACGUCGUGACCAUGAAGGACAAAUUGAAGAAUUUCUUGAACGAUAACAGAUGGCACACAGUGUCGGUUAGAAGGCCGACGCCGAAAAUGCACACGCUGCAAGUAGAUGAUGACAUAGAAAUGCAUACCACAAGUUCAAACCUAAUGUUAGAAUUAGACAGCGUCCUAUACGUAGGCGGAGUUCCUAAGGACAUGUACUCCUCGCUACCAGUUGGGGUUCUGUCUCGCCAAGGGUUCGAAGGCUGCAUGUCCAGCCUGGAUCUUCCUGGGGAAUCUCCUUCGUUGAUGGAAGAUGCUGUGGUUCCUAGUUCAUCGCUGGUGUCUGGAUGUGAAGGACCGACAAAGUGUACGCACAACGCAUGCGCAAACAAAGGAGUAUGUGUUCAACAAUGGAAGACCUACGUCUGCGACUGUGACCUUACUUCGUUCACUGGACCAACUUGUUACGAUGAGUCGAUAGCCUACGAGUUUGGUCCUGGGCGAGGGAUCCUAACGUAUACCUUCCCACCGAGUGCGGUGGCAGACACCGAAACCGACCGUGUAGCUCUCGGCUUCGUGACGAGCAAAGCCGACGCUGUACUGCUGAGGAUAGACUCUUCUAACACUCAGGAUUAUAUGCAGAUGGAAAUCAUCCGCGGCAAUCUCUUCAUGGUGUACAACGUCGGCGGCGGCGACCAUCCGCUAGGAGACGAGACGGCGAGAGUCGAUGAUGGUGCAUACCACGUAGCCAGGUUUACGAGGAACGGGAGCAGAGCUGCCCUGCAGAUUGAUAACUAUGCGGUUAACAUUAGGCAUCCACAAGGCGGGCAACAAUCAACAAUAUUCAACAGCAUGUCGUCCAUCACCGUCGGCGGCGGCGCGGGCGGCGCGCGCACGUUCAGCGGCGUGGUGGCCGGGCUCGCCGUCGACGGCGUGCGCGUGCUCGACCUCGCCGCCGCCGGAGAUGCCUCCGUGUCGGUCAGGGGAGAUGCUAGGAGAGCCACGUCGCCGCUUGAUAAAGGGUGGAUCAAUGGAAUGCAACAGACCCCACCAUCAGGCUACGGCGGUCCGGGUGUGCUAGACGAGCUGGUCUACUCCGGUGCUGGGUCUGGAUGUAGAGAUGAUGAUGAAGAUGCCUGCGUGCUGCCGGAUGCUGGGAGCGGAGACGACCUGAUCACGCCGGUUUACGUACCCUCUACAAGAAGACCACCGUCCAGGGUGUAUAAGGGUGACACGAGUGGAAAGCUUAUGAAGCCGUGCGACGACGAGGACUGUAUCGAAGGGUCAGGGUCUAAUGGAGAGGAGAUAACGGAACCAGAACACCCCAUGACCACUAACGGCGCAUCAAGCACCCACGGUAUGACAUCACCCACUGCCGCCAUCUCCACCGAACACGCCAAGACUCUGGAAGGUUCCACGGACGGUUCGACCGAUGCCACCCACGGCUCGACUCGCUCUAGCCAAGGAACCACGCCUCCUGAUCAUGGCAAUAUGCAUGCCGGGACAGUUGAGGCUACAACGCCGGAGAAGACGACGCCUACUGACGAUCACACCGCCGCCCACUUCACCCCAUCCUUGCCCAACCACCACACGCCCGACGUCACCCACACGACUCAAGAAGAACCUCUCCCCGAAUACCCGGACCCGAACGAGAACGACAUCGACUCCCGAACACCCACGAACGGAGCCGAAGAGAGGAACGAGUAUAACGGGUAUGAGCAUGAGGCGACGACGAAGUGGUAUCUGCCGAAGACGACGGAUCCGGGGAGGAUUGUGACGCCCGAGUCGGAGUUCUUUGCUACUAUUGUUGGCAUAGUAGCAUCAGUGCUGAUAGCAAUCAUACUAAUAGUGAUAAUAGUACUGAAAUACAUCGUGUAUCCACUGGACCCGUCGUACAAGGUUACAGAGGACAAGAGCUACCAGCAAGGAGCGAGCGCCGCGUUGCUAGGCAACCAGGCUCACUCUAGUUACCAAAGCGGAGCCGGGGCGCCCUCGGGCGGCGCGGCGCGCAACCUGCAGCCGCUCCCCCUCACCAGGAACGGCGCGCCGCUGCCGCCGCAGCCCGUCAAGCGGGACGGCAUCAAGGAGUGGUACGUCUAA